UGUGGUCGCGCGCUCGGCGCAGUAGAGGGCGACAGAACCGCGGCCUACUUUUAACGGCUUGUAAGCGUCGCAAUUCCAGAUCUCCUCCAGAGGAUUCAGAGACAGGCCCGCCAUCAUCCCCAGGCCCCUGCUCUCCACAGACAGCUGAUGGCAUUUGCAUCACGUGCAACGUCAACACUCAGGAGGGACGUCGCUCUCGGUUGGCUCUCCAUGGAGCUGAAUCACGACGAUAAGCAUCUCCUGCACAGCGUCCUGAACCCAGCGCCAGUGUCCUUGAAGGCUUUUCUUGAAAAAGAUGUGUUGUCGUGGUUGCAGUAUGUCAAUACCAGCGCACCCAUCUGUGCGAUAAGCAUAGAGCUGUAUCUGUGAGCAGAACAAGACUGCAGGUAAAGAUGAUGUGCGAAGUGAUGCCCACGAUCAGCGAGGACACGGCGAUGAGCCAGCGGGGCUCCCAGAGCAGCGCCUCUGACCCCGACUCGCACUUUGAGCAGCUGAUGGUGAACAUGCUGGACGAGAGAGACCGUCUGCUGGACACCCUGAGAGAGACGCAAGAAAGCCUGGCCCUCGCCCAGCAGCACCUGCAGGACGUCAUCUACGACCGGGACUCGCUGCAGCGGCAGCUCAGCUCCGCACUGCCACAGGAGUUUGCCGCCUUGACGAAAGAGUUGAACGCCUGCAGGGAACAGCUGCUGGAGAAGGAGGAGGAGAUUUCAGAACUGAAGGCCGAGAGGAACAACACCAGACUGCUGUUGGAGCAUUUGGAGUGUUUGGUUUCUAGACAUGAGCGUUCCCUGCGCAUGACGGUGGUCAAACGACAAGCCCAGUCUCCAUCUGGGGUCUCCAGUGAGGUGGAGGUCCUCAAAGCCCUCAAGUCCCUCUUUGAGCACCACAAAGCCCUGGAUGAGAAGGUACGAGAGAGGUUGCGGGUGUCACUAGAGAGGGUCUCCGCAUUGGAGGAGGAGUUGGCCGCAGCCAAUCAGGAGAUUGUGGCCUUAAGAGAGCAGAAUGCCCACAUUCAGAGGAAGGUGGCGUCAGGAGAAGGGGCAGAGGACUUGUUGGAGGGGACAGAUGCUCAGAAAGUCCAUGGCAAGCGGCUGUCUAAUGGGUCGAUGGAGUCGGGGGAUGAGGCCAGUCAGGUGGUGGAGCUGCAGGAGCUGCUGGAGAAGCAGAACUACGAGCUGGCACAGAUGAAGGAGCGCAUGUCCUCGCUGUCCUCCCGAGUGUCCGAGGUGGAGCAGGAGCUGGAGACGGCUCGAAAAGACCUCAUCAAGAGCGAAGACAUGAACAACAAGUACCAGAGGGAUAUAAAAGAGGUGCAGUAUAGUGCUAUGUGUCAGAAAGAAGACAUGGAGGAACGGAUCGUGACUCUUGAGAAGCGCUAUCUCAGUGCCCAGAGAGAGUCCACCUCACUACAUGACAUCACAGACAAGCUGGAGAACGAACUGGCCAAUAAGGAGGCGUUCCUCAGACAGAUGGAGGAGAAGAACAGGCAGUUACAGGAGCGGCUGGAGUUGGCAGAACAGAAGCUCCAGCAGACCAUGAGGAAAGCUGAGACUCUGCCUGAAGUCGAGGCUGAGCUAGCACAGAGGAUAGCAGCUCUCACCAAGUCUGAUAUGGAAGCUAAACUCCAGGACAUGAACUGCAGUCUGAGGAAGGCGGAGGAGAGACAUGGCAGUAUAGAGGAACGUAUGAGACAUUUAGAGGGACAGCUGGAGGAGAAGAACCAGGAACUGCUCAGGGCUCGACAGAGAGAGAAGAUGAAUGAGGAACACAACAAGCGUCUGUCGGACACCGUGGACAGACUCCUGACGGAGUCGAAUGAACGUUUACAGCUUCACCUGAAAGAGAGAAUGGCCGCUCUUGAGGAGAAGAACGUGUUAAUACAAGACUCUGAUAACUACAGGAAGCAGCUAGAAGACUCCAUACAAGAAAAGUCUCAUCUCUCGGAGGAGAUCGAGAAAAUGAGAUCUGAACUGGAUCAGUACCGAUUGAGGGCCGGAUCCCUUACUGAGCCCACGCUGUCACGGUCUCAUCUGGAUGCAUCAGGAGAUCUGCGUUUCUCUCUGGGUUCUCUUGCCGAGACUCAAUCGGACCAUUAUCGCUCCACCAAGGUGAUCCGCAGGCCAAGGAGAGGACGCAUGGGGCUACGUAGGGACGAACAGAAGGCUAAGUCUCUGGGAGAGCAUGAAUGGCGCUCUCAGCAACUUGGCGUUCUGGGCGGCCACCCGUUCGAGAGCGACACUGAGAUGUCAGAUAUAGAUGACGACGACAGAGAGACCCUUUUCAGUUCGAUGGAUCUACUGUCUCCUGGAGGACAUUCCGAUGCUCAGACUUUGGCAAUGAUGCUGCAAGAACAACUGGAUGCCAUCAAUAAAGAGAUCCGGCUGAUCCAGGAAGAGAAAGAGUCGACAGAACUGAGGGCAGAGGAAAUCGAGAACCGCGUGGCCAGCGUGAGCCUGGAGGGGCUGAACCUGGCGCGGAUGCACCAUCCUGGAGCCUCCAUCACUGCCUCGGCCACCGCAUCCUCCCUCGCCUCCUCCUCCCCUCCUAGCGGACACUCCACCCCCAAACUCACCCCGCGCAGCCCUGCCCGAGACAUGGAGCGCAUGGGGGUCAUGACACUGCCCAGUGACUUGCGGAAACACAGGAGAAAGAUCGCAGCGGUGGACGAGGACGGUCGAGAGGACAAGGCCACCAUCAAAUGCGAGACCUCGCCACCUCCCACACCUCGCCAAGUCCGCAUGACCCACACGCUGCCUGCUUCUUCGCACAAUGACGCACGCCUGACAGCUGCAUUAGAGACGGAGGCCAGUGCUCUGAGCAGCGUAGCCAGCAGUCAAGACUCCCUCCAUAAACAGCCAAAGAAGAAGGGCAUCAAGUCCUCCAUCGGACGCCUGUUUGGGAAGAAAGAGAAGGCCAGACUGGGGCAGCUGGGGAAAGAGAUUAUGGGACCAGGACAAGUAGGGAAUGUAUCCGAUCCUGAGCUUCUAGGUCAGGAUAUUGCUGUGGGAAAGCUGGGAACGCAGGCAGAGAAAGAUCGCAGGCUUAAAAAAAACGGACACGAGUUGUUGGAAGAAGCCAGAAGAAAAGGGUUACCUUUUGCUCAGUGGGACGGUCCUACAGUUGUUGCGUGGUUAGAGCUUUGGCUAGGGAUGCCAGCGUGGUAUGUCGCAGCUUGUCGUGCCAACGUAAAAAGCGGCGCCAUCAUGUCGGCCCUGUCGGACACGGAGAUCCAGAGAGAGAUCGGCAUCAGCAAUCCUCUGCACCGCCUCAAACUGCGCCUGGCCAUCCAGGAGAUGGUCUCGCUCACCAGCCCUUCAGCUCCUCCUACAUCUAGAACCCCGUCGGGUAAUGUGUGGGUAACCCACGAGGAAAUGGAGACCCUUGCCGCCCCCUCCAAAACGAAAUCAGAGUCAGAGGAGGGGAGCUGGUCCCAGACGCUGGCAUACGGGGACAUGAACCACGAGUGGAUAGGGAACGAGUGGCUGCCCAGUCUAGGUCUACCUCAGUACCGCAGCUACUUCAUGGAGUGUUUGGUGGAUGCACGCAUGCUGGACCACCUCACCAAGAAAGACCUCCGAGUGCAUUUAAAGAUGGUGGAUAGCUUUCACAGAACCAGUCUGCAGUACGGCAUCAUGUGCCUAAAGAAGCUCAACUACGACAGGAAGGAGCUAGAGAGACGCAGAGAGAGCAGCCAGCAUGAGAUAAGAGACGUGCUGGUGUGGACUAACGAGCGCGUGAUUCGCUGGGUCCAGAGCAUCGGUCUCCGUGACUACGCCAACAUCCUGUUAGAGAGCGGCGUGCACGGGGCGCUCAUAGCACUCGACGACAACUUUGACUACAGCAGCCUGGCCCUACUGCUGCAGAUCCCCAACCAAAACACUCAGGCUAGACAAAUUCUGGAAAGAGAGUACAACAAUCUGCUGGCGCUGGGAACGGAGAGACGAUUAGAUGAGUGUGACGAGAAGGACUUCCGAGGACCGUCGUGGAGGAGGCAGUUUCCUCGCCGGGACAUCCACGGGAUCAGCAUGAUGCCCGGCUCAGCAGAGACCCUGCCCGCCGGCUUUCGCCUCACUGCCACCUCCGCACACUCACGCAGACUGCCACCAGAGGUCCUGUAUGAGGCGAUGGACGACAGUCCUGACGACAUGUAUUUGGACUGGUUUCAAGUUGGACCGUCGGCGGUACAGCGUCUGGACAGCUCCACUGUGAGGACCUACUCUUGCUGAGACAACAUCAAUACUAUAAGCUAGUCGUACCUUAAAGUUGGCCUGAACAAACUAUUGCGACGACACACACUGCCAAGAGAACAACAGAAGGCCACGGAGGACAGGGCCAGGAGCCUGGGGCCGAACGAGCCGAGGCCUCGACCCGGGCGUCCGCCGAUGUGCUCUCGCUCUUUCUGUCUUUCACGCCACGCGGCUCCUUCGGCUUAAGUACUGUGUAUUUCUUCUACAGGGGAUGUGUAGGUUCAACUGUAAAUCACUAUAAAUAAAGCUGUUUUAUAUAUAAAGACAUAAAUAUAAAGAAAUAUAUAUGCAUACACACAUCUGUAUAAAAAGAUCACACGUUUGUGCACAUUGCGUCCUUUAACGUCAUGGUUUUAAACGAUGCUGCUGUUUUAACUUUUCGCCUACGCCCCGGAGACACUUUGGAAAUGCUGUUACUUUUUAUUCAUUCACUCGUGCGUUUUGAGGUUCCUCCCACCGAAAGCCGUCAAAGAGUUUACGCCAGUUCCUCACUUCUAACUCUAUGACGCCCCGUUUAUCGGUUUCAGGUGCAGGUCUGAUCUUAACCUAAAAAAAAAAAAAACAACAACACAAAAACACCUACUCAACAAAUGAGUCAAAUUUGUAGGAUUUGGUGAAAUGGCUUUCACAGGCCUUUGGGAUAUUAGCCUACAUGUCAAAAAUAUUCCUCUUAAACUGGAUCGUGAAAAGCAGGUAGCUACUACAUAAAACAUUCGCAAUGUCAUUUAACAUUGAAUUGGAAGAAACUAAACUCCUGAAAGACGCUACAGAAAAACAAUUCUUACAGCACGUAAUCCAUGUCCAUUCAUCCAUGUCGAGCGGAUGAGGAGCCUUUAGACCUAUUUUCAUCCGCUUGACAUGAUUACAUGAUUUGAAACUUUCUGAAACUUUCGCCAAUCGAUCCUUCACUAAGUCGCAUUAUAGAGCAAUUGGGAUAUUCUCUCACUUCGUACACAUGCCUUUCUUAUUGUUUGGUUAAAAAAAAAAAAAAAAAAAAAAAAAGAACGUAAAACGCCAAUUGUUUCCCGUCAUGAGUAGCACAAAAUGUACCGCCGGAGCGCUCGUCUUGGACUACGAAACGCAAAUCUCUCGCCACGCCUGUUUGCCGAUAGGCUGGCCUCGUUUGGAGAGUGUCCGAACAAACCGCUGAAGGACAGGCUUAGCUCGUAGUGAAAGUAGACUUACUUGCUGUGACUUACUUUGGUGUAAAAAUGUUUCCGUUCGAGACGCGGGGGACGUCUGUUGUACAGCCCUCCACCUCCCGUCUUUUGGUUAUAUCAGACACUUCGACGGUUUGUACGUCCCUGUUUUGCACGCGCAGAGAAUCAUUUUAUUUUGUGUCCAUUUUUUUUUAUUUAUUACUGAUUGUAUUUUGGUCAAAACUAUGUGGUGAUCAAACAACUUUUCAUUGUCAAUAAAAAAAAAAAAAAAAAAAAGUACAGUCAAAAAGGUUGCUGUUUUUACAACGCAUUUCCUCAAGCUACACGACGUUACACCUUCAUUGACUAACAGAAUCUUAAUUUCAUGCGUUACAAGAUGAAUCUCAUACUAACUCUCAAUACUGCCCAGGUUAUAUACAACCAAUCAGAAAGAGAACAUUUUACUUAAGACCACAGAGAUCAUUAUUAUAUUGUUUUACCCCUUAACUGUCAAACAAUACAUUGUGAAUAUAUGUCAAUAACAUUUCAAAUUCUAACAUUUAAACACUAAACAAUUGUUGGUGCUUUGACAGUUAGGGGUACAACAAAAAUUAUGCUACAAUAUAAUAUAAAAAUGGCCUUCAUUUUAUUUUCUUUUACACAAAAUAUAUCUCACUAUAUAUAUAUAUAUAUAUAUAUAUAUAUAUAUAUAUAUAUAUAUAUAUAUAUAUAUAUAUAUAUAUAUAUAUAUAUAUAUCUUACUUUUUCUACUCAAAAUCAAGUAUUUGAUUAUUUAAACAUGUUAACUACUGAUCAUAUUUGGUCCAAGUUAUGCAAAAAAAAAUCUUUGUAAGUUAUGUUCAAGCACAAAUUACAUU